AUGGUAUACCCUCGGCUAGACCGAGCGGUGUCGUCGCUGGUGUUGACGGAGACGAACGAGAGUUACCUGCCGAUUGUGGUACAGUCUCGACCGACGGAGGACUUCCGGCUGACGGAGAUUACCUUGGUGGCAUACCUCGGAGACCAGAACAAAGAAGUCAUUGAGCACUUGUUGCACCCGAUGGACCAUCGGAGACAGUUGGAAGCAGGCGCUAUUUCGGCGAAAAUGGCGAACCGAAGUUUUCAAGUUGGUGCCAUAGCUGGCCCAACUAAACGAAAAGCCCCUUUCCUCCAGGGCGUACCUUUUGUCCAAGGUCUUCCGCAGACGAUGCCUGUUGGACGAAAUUCAUUUAGACUGGACUCAAGACUUGCACUCGCCUUUCGGCCAGUCAAAAAGACGAACAUGAAAUUAUUACCUGAGAUCACACAUGAUGAUAGACUCCGAACUGCCAGUGAUGAAUAUUCGUGGCUGAGUCGCAAGAGAACAGAUAACACGUACUUGCCGAAGCCUGGCCCCGAGUUCCGUCGCACGGAUCCAGGAAUACCCAUCGCGAGUAGUCCAGCCCGUCUGCCACCAACCAAUGGUCUAGCACCCACCAAUGGUCUAGCACCCACCAAUGGUCUGGCACCCACCAAUGGUCCAGCACCCACCAAUGGUCUAGCACCCACCAAUGGUCUGGCACACACCAAUGGUCUAGCACACACCAAUGGUCUAGCACACACCAAUGGUCUAGCACACACCAAUGGUCUAGCACCCAAUGAUUUAGUACCCAAUGAUCUAGCGCCUAAUGGUCUAGUACCAGUGGGUCUAGUGCCCAAUGGUCUAGUACCAGUGGGUCUAGCACCGAAUGGUCUAGUACCCAAUGGCAUGGUACCCGUUGGCCUAGCACCCCAUAAUCUUCCGCCGGAUGGUCUGUCACCGGGUGGUAUAGACGGUAUAGAGCCUGGUGGUUUAGAGCCUGGUGGUUUGGAACACAUUGGUUCAGAACCAGGCACAGACACGGGUCGGGUUACUGCAUUAAUGCCCGUGGUUAAGUCUCCGGUCGGGAGUCCCGAUGCGGCGGCCAAGAGAGAGGCGGCCAAGAGAGAGGCGUACGCCAGUCGCGCAUCGAGGGUGGAGGUUGCGGGAGGAAGGACGGACCCGGCGAGACCACAGCUUAAGACGAUUCGGUCGAAACUAGGUGCAUUUAAGUCGACCAUCAGUACCAAAUCGGUUGCAGGCAUGAAGUCAACGGUCAGCGUGAAAUCAACCUUCGGACUCAAAUCCAAGUACGGCGGCGAAGACGUCCACCUGCCACGAACGGAUAAAAAAAAGGGUCAUUUACCCUCUCGCGUAGUGAGUCCCAUGUACAGUGACCGAGCACCCAACGUAGACCGAGCACCACUACCGCUGCCCGACGCAGGCCGAGCUCUCACCGCCGAUCCCAUUGAAGUAGAAGACAUCGCGGCGGCCGCUGGCAUCGCAGUAGCCCUUAGUGCUGUCAAAAUUGCGGAACAUAGACUAGCCCAGGUAACCUCAAACCAGCCAUUAAAGAACAACGCGACGGUUAAUGAUCAUACGAUUAAUGAUAACCCCAUUAAUGAACACAGCAGCGAACACACGAUAAGUGAACACACGAUAAGUGACCACAAGAUGGAUCUACAAAUGACGAAUGAGCGACCGAAAAGGAGUGAGCAACUGAAUAGGAAUGAGCACGAGAAUAAGGGAGAUACGUCCUCGGAUACUUCGCAGCGCAGGACACGAAUGCUCGGGUACGAACUGGAAGAGUUCUCCACUCCAGAGCACGUAGGUCAGAAGCGCACGCAGUUGCUGCCGACGACCAGCGAGGGCCUCAAGUUGAACUCAGUGCGUUUUCCGAUGGUGCCGGUGAUGAGCUACCACGACGGACAGGUGCCAGCGGAAGCUGAGCCGGCCCCUGACGCCGGAGCUCUUGUCGCUGGCGGUCCUGUCGCUGAGAUCACUGGAGGGUUAACGAGCGGGACCACAGAGGGGUCCACGGGGGACCGAGUGGCCGCGCAAGUCCGUGUGGGUUCGCCGUUGAGUCGACUAGGACGGGUCAAGCACCCGGGCGGGGCGCCCGGGUCGCAAACAGAAAGUGUGUUCGUUGACGAUCCGGGGUUGGGCUUCAUUAGCAGCGAAGGGGUCCUGGUUCCCUUCAAAGGUUCUCUGAGUUCGGAGUCCAGCCUCGCAAGAAACUCUAGUCCUGUUGCGGAGCGGCCACCGCGUAUGUUACCUUCAGAAAGCAGCGCCUCCUCAAGCAGUCGAUCCGGCGUCCUCGGUCAGUCCUAUCUGAGCGAACACCAAGCCGUUACAAUCCAAGACCACACGGGCCCAGACGACCGGGGCCAGGACCAGACGGGCCAAGGCCAGACGGGAAGUGUGCCGUCGGCAGCGACGUGUUUCCGGAAGGAGGUGCGUGCGGGGCAGUCGGAGACGGCGGUGCCUGCGAGUGUGUUUCAAUCAGCACCGCAUUUUUCAAGUGUGUCCUCCGGUGGCCACGGACGGGCGGCAGUCAGCGGGGCAGCAGCGGUGGUGGCCGGGGCGACGGUGGCCGGGGCGACGGUGAACGGGUUGGAAUCGAGCAGUGACGAGGUAUCGGAGGUCGGGGACGAAGCCAUUUCGCGACUUAUGGCCGAGUAUCACUCGGAACGUGGUCGGUUAAGGGGCAGUAGUCUUUGGGUCUCUCAAACCGCACACACGCGCGAUCGAAGCGCCACAAGCAUUCUGUAUUCCGGAGCCAAUCACGACACCACGGACCAGGUCCCGGCCUACGACCAGGGCUUCAGCUUCGGCUGCGCUGCGGAACUGCAACGCUCAGUCGCGCCACUCGCAACCGCUUGCCCAGCCGCCGCGCUGCGUGGCGCCCUCGUCUUCGACCGUGGCGCCGAACUCGAAGCCUUCGACCGGGAGGCAGGCGUGCCCUUCGCAACGCACCACUGCGGCCAAGAGGAGACUGGCGACCCAGGACGCAGCGACCACAAACUUAGCGACCAAGACCGGAACGACGACCCGGGACGGAACGACGACUUAGUACGGAACGACGACUUGCGGCGAAGCGAAAACUUGGGACCGAGUGACGAGUUGGGACCGAGUGACGAGUUGGGACCGAGUGACGAGUUGGGACCGAGUGACGAGUUGAGACCGAGUGACGAGUUGGGACCGAGUGACGAGUUGGGACCGAGUGACUUCGGCGAGGAGGCGGUACCAUGGAGCGAGGCCGAGUUGGUGUGUGCAGACCGGUCGCAAUGGUCGCUUGUUCGUGCUCGUGAAGACCCUCGAGAGCUUGGUCGUGGUCAGGCCCCUCGAGAGCUUGGUCGUGGCCCGGACCCUCGAGAGAAAGGUCUGGAGGUAGCGCAGUGCCCGGGAGGCGGGUGGUUGACGCUGGCGGGGUCUGAUUUAUGGGUGGAGAGACGUGCGUUCCACAUCUUUCCGGCCGGAUACUGGGCCGGUCUACGGAGCUCCGCCGGGCAGCAGGGGGUGCUGAAUGAGUUGCUAAAGAAGGUCGAGAAUCCCUCGGCCCGGAUCGUGUCCAUGGUCCAGCGUAUUUUGGACCGCAUCCUGGCGCUGGACCUGGCGACGAAGAACAGCAACCCGGACCUUAUCUCGUUCUUCUGGUGUCGCUGUGCCACACAAGAACUGGCCUUUCAGCAACAACAACAAUGCGACCAACUUGCUAACCAGUACGGACCGGUCGUUGUGCAGAAGCUCAACAAGACCAAAAAGAACAAACCGUCCGCCACCGACGAGAAAGCCUUGUAA